GGUGGCGGCGGCCCCAUGGGGAUAUACACGACUGACGAUCUGUGGAAGCAUCCAAAAAAGACGGAGAGUGCCCCACGGCGGACACGACGUGCUCAAACAAAACACGCGCGGCCGCUUGUAUCGAAUUAGCCACAGGAUGGCGGCGCUGCCGAUCAUUGCGCGCCCAUUCAUCUUCCUUCUAGAACACGGCGGCCCGCAGCCCGGGUCUACCGAAAAUUCAUGGCGGCGGGGCCCGUCGGAGAUAGACGACGAAGGGCCCGCUUCGGCAGGCCUGUGCCGACAUGGGUCGGUCGUCCUCGCCACGCGUGCGAGACUGCGUUCAAAGUUCAAAGCGCAAGACACGCGCGGUCUGUGAGAGAAGAGAAAACACAGUGUCACGGCAUGUGGGGAAGGGACAGUCUCUUAAACAUCGCAUACAUGGCCGUGCGAAAGAUGCUUAUUAUCCCCAACAGCCGGCGCGUAAAUGGCGCCGCGAUGGCCUUGUAUCCUCUUUCCGCCGUGUCCCGAGUCAUUCCACGAGUUUCCGCAUCUGCAAAUCGUGUCGAACCUGAACGCGCGAACUGGUUUUAUCGUCCCCGGGAAUGGGUCAAGCCGAUCGGAGGGCAGCGCGACCGUCAUGCUUCUUCGAACAGGCCAACGAGCCGGCUCCGGCACAGGCUAUCGCCUCUCGAGAGGCUAUCAAUUGCCGAGCCGACCACGAUUUCGACCUCUUCGGCUAUCGAAAAGGGUCCGUCCAGGGAUGCGUCGAAACAGUAAAGGUUGCAGCAAUAGUUCACCCUAAGUAUCGGUGAUGCGAGCCUCAAUAGCCCAUCACCGGACUCUCCCCCUCCAGGUGAAGUGCUUCUUCGGAUCAGCCGCCAGCGCCUUCAUGGC